CGCAUGCCCAAUACGCGCGCAGUGACGGUGGCGACGACAGUAGUGAUGGCGGGUUGCUGUGUGAGGCUGGCGCGGCGAAAUCUCCCGGCUUUGUCGUAUCUCAGGCCCUCUCUGCGGCUGCUGUGCACAGCUGCGAAACAGAAGAACAAUGGCCCAAGUCUGGAGGAGGAAGCGCGGCCCAGCGAGCAGAAGUCAGAGCCUCCGGUGCCAGACAAGGUCCUCCUGGAAGAGAAGGGCCGGCUGGAAGAGCAGCUCAGAGAGACCGUGGAAAAAUAUAAACGAGCUUUAGCAGAUACUGAGAACUUGCGGCAGAGAAGCCAGAAACUGGUAGAGGAGGCAAAAUUAUAUGGCAUCCAGGGCUUCUGCAAGGACUUGCUGGAGGUGGCAGACAUUCUGGAGAAGGCCACCCAGAGCGUCCCGAAGGAAGAGAUCAGAGACGAGAACCCUCACCUGAAGAGUCUGUAUGAGGGGCUGGUGAUGACCGAGGUCCAGAUCCAGAAGGUGUUCACAAAGCAUGGCUUGCUCAGGCUGGACCCCGUCGGAGCCAAGUUUGACCCCUAUGAACACGAGGCCCUGUUCCACACGCCCGUGGAGGGCAAGGAGCCAGGCACCGUGGCUCUGGUCAGCAAGGUGGGCUACAAGCUGCACGGGCGCACCCUGCGGCCCGCCCUGGUGGGGGUGGUGAAGGAAGCCUAGCAUGCCUGCCAGCCUGCCAGACUCCCGGGAGGUGGCUCCUGGGCCCCUCGGCAGAAACCAAGAAAGACAGCUGAGCAGGCGAGGCGAGGCGAGGCGAGGCGAGGUCAGGGCCCGGGCCCCAGUGGGGGCAGGCUCAGCAACGGACUCAGGUCUGCCCGCUGCUCACUGGUUACAUGUACUCACAGGAGGAGGCCAGGGCCUCUUGGUGUCCUGAGUAGCACUAUACCUGCAAAUGCUGGUGAUUGCCAAGUACUUUAACAAAUAAAAGGUCUCCGGGAA